UUCCUUGUCCUGCACCGCACUUGCACUUGCACUGCACUAUUCCACCCCACACCAAACAACAACCCCAACCCAUCCCCACUCCACCAUGGGCGGCCACACGGAAAACAUUCCUGGCUACGGCUUCCUCUCCCUCGGCCAGGCCGUCCACGUUGCCCAGAAUAGCGAGGGCGGCGUCGACCAGCGCCUGGCCCAAUUCCUCGAAAAGCGCCUUGCCGAAGUCUGGUCCAAACUCAACGCCCAUCCCCAGUCGUACCUGCUUCCCCCAGACGAGUUUGCUCUCUUGAACUAUUACCGCACCCGGUUUGGCGACAACGACCUAGUCAGAAGCGCCACUAAGCGCUUUUGGGACAACCACAAGGGCAGCCAAUGAAGACCCCCGCACGCCAGUCUUUAAUCCCGCUCCCCAUCACAACCCUCCGCC